GCCGACCACUGCCCAUCGUCUUCUGCCUGCAGACAUGGCGCCGCCGCGCGCUCUUCUGGCGUUCGCCGUCUUCUGCUCGGCCCUCGUCACCGCCCGAGCUGCCGCGCCCAACGCUAACUGCGACCUGCUGUUUAAUGGCGAACCAGUCUCCAGCUCCAGUUGGAGUAGCGCCCUCAAUGCGUCCAGGUACGUGGGCGACCUCGUGGACACCACGGCAGCCCAGGCAGAGUACCUGGUGCUCACCACCAAGGAGGUGACCGCCUUCGUUGUCGACAGCCCGUCCGACUACAUCGACGUGGUUUUCGAUGAGGCCGCCAGCACGCUGAAACUCGUCGUCAAGGAGGAGUUUGCCAGUUAUGAAGAGAAAAUGAUCUCUGCAUCAGAUGCGUCCAUGAUCGACAUCCGCAUCACGUUAACGUGCAGCGAUUCCAAUACGGCUGGUUUUGGCUUCAAGAUUACGGUGAAGGACACGAACAACCAUGCGCCAGAGUUCGACAAAUCCAGCUACCCGUUCGAGCUACCUAUGCCGCUGCCUUCAGACAUCGAUCUCUCUUGCCUUGUGGACGUGAUCAAGGUGACGGACAUCGACUUCAGCAAUUCGGACAUCACCAUCGACUUCGACGAAGAUGGAGCCAAACUGUUCCGUGGAGAAGCGACCUACCUGGGAAGCAGGAACUACGAGAUUCACGUGUACAGCACGACGGCUAUCGAACUCAAGGAGACCACAACCUUCACGAUGACGGCAAAGGACAACGGCUCUCCUCAGCUUUCGUCUACUGAGGCCACCAUCACCAUCAACGUGAACCAGCAGACGUCGCCCCCCACGGCUCCCAGGUUUCAGGAUGCUGCGUCUCACAAGACAGUCGCCGCGGACGAGAUAGUGCCUGACACUGAGGUAGCUUCGGUGACAAUUUCGGAAGGCUACGACGCGGAUGUUAAAGUGACUCACUAUACUUUAGAUGAAACAGGCGUGACCCCGACGAGCGACGCGUUCGCCGUGGGCGUGACGGCCGCUUCGGACGGCACCGCCACCGUCAGCCUGCGCUGGGCGGAGGGCGUGGCGCCGGAGGCCCUCCAGGACCUCAAGUACGCCCUCGUCGUGCUGCAGGCGACACGUGAGAGGGACGUCUCGACCAACCAGGUUGCCACCACCGUGGUACAUCUGUCGCUGCCGGGACUGCAGGAUCCGACGACGACAGCAUGCCCGACUCCAGAGCCGUGCCCCACGACGGUGGAGCCCACGCCGUGUCCUGAACCGGAACCCUGCCCCACCACACUGCCUCCGGAGCCAUGCCCCACCACGGUGGAGCCCACGCCGUGUCCUGAACCGGAACCCUGCCCCACCACACCGCCUCCAGAGCCAUGCCCCACCACGGUGGAGCCCACGCCGUGUCCUGAACCGGAACCCUGCUCGACAGCAGCGCCGAGCUCCACCGCUGAACAGUGCCCGGUGUGCCCGGAAUGCUCCUCGACAGCUGAGCCUACAACCUGCCCUACCAGCUGUCCCACGAAUCCUUCGUGGCCCACGACGCCGUACCCAGUGUGCAGUUCUUCGAGUAUCACGGAUCCGUGUAUCUGUGAAGCUCCUUCACAGUGCACGUCGGCCGAGACCACCUCUCCUGGUUCUGCAACUGACUGUUCACAAUGUCCGACGACAGAGUGUCCGCUAACUUCUCCUAACACAGGUUCACCAGCUAACUGUACUGAAUGUCCAGAAUGUCCAACUACAUGCCCAUCCAUCCCAACGACUUGGCCUGACACAGGUUGUACAACUGACUGCUCACAGUGUCCGACGACAGAAUGUCCGCCAACUUCUCCUAACACAGGUUUACCAACUGACGCUACUGAAUGUCCAGAAUGUCCAACUACAUGUCCAUCCAUCUCAACGACUUGCCCUGACACAGGUUCUACAACUGACUGUUCACAAUGUCCAACGACAGAGUGUCCGCCAACUUCUCCUAAUACAGGAUCACCAUCUGAGUGUACUGAAUGUCCAGAAUGUCCAACUAUAUGUCCAACCUGCCCAUCGACUUGUCCUGACACAGGUUCUACAACUGACUGUUCACAAUGUCCGACGACAGAAUGUCCGCCAACUUCUCCUAACACAGGUUCACCAACUGACGCUACUGAAUGUCCAGAAUGUCCAACUACAUGUCCAUCCAUCUCAACGACUUGGUCUGACACAGGUUCUACAACUGACUGUUCACAAUGUCCAACGACAGAGUGUCCGCCAACUUCUCCUAACACAUGUUCACCAUCUAACGCUACUGAAUGUCCAGAAUGUCCAACGACAGAGUGUCCGCCAACUUCUCCUAACACAGGUUCAUCAACUGACGCUACUGAAUGUCCAGAAUGUCCAACUACAUGUCCAUCCAUCUCAACGACUGGGCCUGACACAGGUUCUACAACUGACUGUUCACAAUGUCCGACGACAGAGUGUCCGCCAACUUCUCCUGAUACAGGAUCACCACCUGAGUGUAGUGAAUGUCCAGAAUGUCCAACUAUAUGUCCAACCUGCCCAUCGACUUGUCCUGACACAGGUUCUACAAGUGAUUGUUCACAAUGUCCGACGACAGAGUGUCCGCCAACUUCUCCUAACACAGCUUCACCAUCUGACGGUAGUGAAUGCCCACAAUGUCCAACGACAUGUACAACAUGUGAGCCUUGUGCCACUGCAGAGCCAACUUCUACCACACCAGCUCUGCCAGCCGGGCCGCCGAUAGAGUUUGAGAGUAGCAGGUACCGUGGCACCGUCUCUUCCGUCUACGUGGGGACGCUGGCGAACCUCAAGCUUCAGGACUACGACUCGGAGGGCUACACCCUCGACUGCCAGCUGACGGACGCCACGGACUACGUGGCGUCCCGGGUGAGCGUCGAUCCGGUGGGCGUGACUGGCUGUCAGCUGACCAUCGACGCAUUCCUGCGUGCCGGCUCCUACGCGUUCAGCGUCCGCGCCAACCUCGCCGGCACCUCCUCUGUCGCUACAACGGAGAUGGCGCUGGCAGUGUCGACGACCAUCUCGUGCGACGACUCGACGUCUCCCAUCUUCCCGAUCGCGCUGUUGGUGACUUCUCAGCCCGAGAAUCAGACGGGACCGACCAACAUCCUGGCCCCCACGCAGCUGGGUGUCGGCGCGCAAUGCAGCUUCAGUCACAGCGUCGACCCUGCGGAGUACAGCGGCUGGGUGCAAGUGGACGAAGCGACAGGAGAGAUGAACGUGGCCGGCCUGGACUACGAGAGCGUGACCAGUCUCUUCAUCUCGCUGUCCGUCUCCUGCGAGUCUGGACCAGAGCAGCAGCAGCAGCAGCAGCAGCGGUCGCGGCGGCUGCGUCACACGAAGGACCAGCCAGACUGGCCAGAGUAUCUGCUCUACGACAACACCAGCAUGAGCGUGCUGCUGCAGAUCCAAGAUGUCAACGACAACCCACCCGUCUUCACCGCCGGCGACCGCAUAGUGGUUGGCUAUCCUACUGGAGACCUGCUGGAGCGCGUCCAGCCUGGACCAGUCGUCACACUCAAGGCCACGGACGCGGACGAGGGCGAGAACGCGGAGCUGCGCUACAGCCUGGACGCGGCGGGCAGCCGCCACUUCACGGUGGGCGCCGAGACGGGCGCCGUCUACGUGCGGGCCGACGCGCCGGCGCUGCCCGACUCCGGCGCCUCCUUCACCGCCACCGUCGCCGACCUGGCGGGCGCCGCAGCGGCGCUCACCGACACCGUGGUCGUGCAGGUGAAGCCGCUGAAGGACGAGCAGCUGGUGCUGGUGACGACGGUGGAGGGCGCGCUGCCCGAGGACGCGGACGCCGUCGUGGAGGACCUGUGCGGCACCACGGGGUUGAACGUGCGCCUGCUGAGGGCGUACGCCACGGCGGCAGAGGAGGGCAGGGCGCUGGCUGGCGGCAGGGCGGCCAGGGCGGGCUCCGAGAGCGCGCUCACCAUGCUGCUGUACGCCCUCGACGACCAGGAGGCGCUCGUCACUGUGCAGCAGUUCCAGACGCUACUUUCGUCUUCGGAGAUCAAAGUGGAAAACCUGCCACCAGAGGCAGAGAACCAGGAGCCCACUGAUGUGACCGGCUAUAUGGCGGCCAUCAUUACUUUGGCUGUCCUCAUCGCAGUGGCUCUAGGUGGUGCUGUGGCAGGCUACUACUUCUACUUCAGGCCAAGACUGGGAGUUCAUAAGCAGGCAGAUGAUUACACUAAGUUUGAAUCUGAUGCAGAUAAAGACAGUCCUUUAGAAUCACAAAUUCCACAAAUAACUACAACUGUUGAACCUACUAUAUCAACAGUUAGUGAAAUAAUAGAACCAGUAAAUGAAGUGACUGUUGAGAACAACAUCAUAACAGAUGAAAACAGCAAUGGAGUACUGGCACCAGAUUCAGAAGAUGAUUGGUCAAGAAAGAGAUCCGUGACCAUUCGAGGAGGACCAGAUGACUAUAAUGAUGAGGAAGCAUCUGGAGAACCAAGAAGAUCAGAAAGUUCAGACAGCCUUGAUGGAGAUGAAGCUCAUGCUGAGUCUGAGCGACGUAAAUCCGCAGUUCACUUUAAUGAAAACGUGGAGUGUAUUGAAGUGGAGCGCCUCUGAUAUUGAGUGCAGUGUGACUCCAAAGAAAUUUCUGAGAGGAACUUAGUGCUUCAUUUAGCUCUGGUAAUAAUCACUACAGUUCCUCUUAAUGUCUGCCUAGCGAUUGUGAUAGCAAGUUAACACCCUUGAAGACUGACGACAUGGUCUGUGAACCUGUUAUCUACAUGAAAUACAUUGAUAUUAAUCAGAAUAAAGAUGAGAAAUAAGAUUUGUUGGAACUAUUUUUUUGUGGCUGUGUGAAUUACAAGUAUUUCCCAUAUUAAACAAGUACUUUUUUUGGUAACUGUCAGUUGUGUUAAUUAAUGAUUUUUGUGGAGACUGUUCAUACUAAUAAUUAGUUGGCUGAUGUUCUUCCAGUGAUUUUGUAUAUUAAAUAACACUGUUUAAUUUCCAUGUUUAAAAGUGGUUGUACCCUAUGACAGUUUGGCAGAACAAUUUUAUAUGCUACUUGUAGUUUAUAUUUUUUUAUUUAUAAUAUUUUAAUAUUUCACGUUUUAUCAGUUAUCAUUUUACUAUAUACUGUUACAUUGUAUAGAUAGAACUGUAAAUAAGGAAAAAUUAAA